UCGUCCAAUCACAAGCUGCGACUGGCGCAAACCGGAAGAAGUCCAAAUUUACAUUUCAUUUCACACAAGCGUUUUGAAAACUGCUUAAAGGUUGCAGGAUGUCCUGUAACACCAGUGUUACUCGUGUUAAUGUUUCAUCUGUGGGUCAGGCACAGCGAGUCCCAGUCCUCCUCAUGCCCUGUGAGAUCGAACACAAUGGGUCGGCCCAGGUCUCAACAUACCUCACUGCUACCACGAAAGACUGCAAACUAGAGAAGACGGUGUCAUUCAGAGGGCGUGGGUUGAAGGGGCAGGAGCUCAGCUGUCCACAGGGGUACACUGGCUUGGUGCUGAAAGAGACCAACAAGCCCAGCUCUGACCAACAGGACAGGACAGUGAAGGUGUCCUCUGUGUUUGACAAGCUGACCUACUGGAACCUGGAGACGCCUCCAAACUCUGACGACACAGUCGUCAUGGCGAUGGACUGGCCAGAGUUGGCUGAGGCGAUUCACGGGCCAGUAUAAGACUGAAGACAGAGAAAAAAACUUUCUGCUCAGAGGUUGCGAGUGAAACGUAGUUUUCUGAAAACCGGUUCACGCCAGUCAAACAUACGUCAACGUGUUCAGUGUUACUAUUGCAGAGUAAAAGAUGUAGUGUUUAUAUUUUUGUACGUUAUUUUGUAGUGAAAUAAAAAAAUGACUGACCAUGUGAGAUUCGUCAAAACAACAAUAUGUUCACAUUGUUUCUUUUGAACACAUUGUUUAUUCACAAAGUAACAUUUAGAUUCUGCAUGAUCACUGACUCAACUGUCCCUUGUGAGUAUCCAAAACUCCAAUACCAAUCCAUUUUCAUUAGUACAUACGGAAACUGUAAUUCCAAAACAUGUAAUAUGGUGCAGAACAACAAAUUCCAAACUGUCAAUUUAGGCACAUUUAAAGUUUAAAUCUAAACACUUAAAGAGAAAGCAGUAUCACUAUGUGUGUCUAAGUGUGCUCGUACUGUAUAUUCUGUCACAUUACAGGAGAAACACUACAGAGGUAAAAGGUCACAUGGGCAAUUAGAAAAGCCAAACACAUAAAGGGUGGAUCCCCAAACUGAUUCCCUCCUACCUCACUUCAACUGCAAUACCACCAUGAUGGCUGAAAGCUGAAUAGUGCUAAAAUAAUCUGACCAAAUUUAGAGUAAGCUAAUGUAAACAAUCCUGGAAAGCCACUGGAAAUGUAUAACAUGUGUCUCAUGUAAAAUUCAUCAGUUUAUUUUGCUGUUACCUCACUUAGGAAACUUUCUAAUGAAAGACUUAUUACUGCAUGUUUAAAGGAGACAAAGAAAAGUGCUUUUGGCACAGCUGAAUGUCUACUUCAUCAGUAAAACUGUAUGCUGCUAUUAAUGAACUGGCUUCAUUGAAACUGAUGCAAGGAAAAGCUUGUAUUACAAGUUACCCUGCCUUCGCCCAUUGACAGCUGAGAUCGGCUCCAGCACCCCUGCGACCCUUAACUGGAUAAGCAGGUUACGGAAAAUGGAUGGAUGGAUGGAAAAUGGCACUACCUGAUUCUAAUUGUAGAAUUGGUGCAGGUAUCUGCUUUGAUGGGGGGGGCUGUCAAACAUUAUUGUAACUAAUAAUCCUAAUCACAAUAGCUUUCCCUUAUUUGCGUUUUGAGUUAAUAUAGAACAUUAAGUGAAGGAUGUCAUAUCUUCUUUAAACUCGUUUGAACAUCUUCUAAUUCUUAAAACAAUUAUGAUUUUGAUAUUUUUUAUACCCAUGAAUAAUAAAAUAUAUAAAAAAUGUACAAACCUAAAUUGCAAAAUCCCUAAUAUAUUUUUGAAGAGUAGCACAAUAGAAAAAAAAAAAAAUCAGAGGAGGGGGUGUAAACAAAACACUUGACAGUACAAUGCUACUAGACUUACAAUCAGUCAAACUUUGCUGGCAGAGUCACACACUGAAAAGGCCGUCAAACAUUAUUGUAACUAAUAAUCCUAAUCACAGUAGCUUUCCCUUAUUUGCGUUUUGAGUUAAUAUAGAACAUUAAGUGUAGGAUGUCAUAUCUUGUUUAAACUCGUUUGAACAUCUUCUAAUUCUUAAAACAAUUAUGAUUUUGAUAAUCUUUAUACCCAUGAAUAAUAAAAUAUAUUAAAAAUGUACAAACCUAAAUUGCAAAAUCCCUAAUAUAUUUUUGAAGAGUAGCACAAUAGAAAAAUAAAAAUCAGAUCAGUUUUAGGGUUCUAAGGAAAAAAACAUUCAAACAUGACUGCUGAUAUCACCGCCACAUCGCUGGUGUUUACUCUGUGUGAGUGUGUGUGAGAGGUCUGGUAUUUCUGCACUCAUGGGGAAAAAGAAAAAUCUGCAAGCUCUUGAUUUAUUUGCUCUGAGGCUUCUGGGCAAAUAGCAACCAUUUAUCUAAUAUUGGUUGUGUUUGAGAAAUAGACUGUUAAGAGGUGCGCCCAUGAGGCAUUUUGAAAACAACUGAGAUGGCUGCAGCUGAUGUGGAACUUUCUGUUGAAGACAAAGGUAAUAACCAGCUCAGCACAUUGUAGUCUGUUUAUAUUUUCCAGGACCUCAGGCUGUAUUUUUUUCCCCCUGAUUUGUGCAAAGUCCCAUCCUGAUGUGUUGUGAUUGGCCAUCUACACCUGGUGGACCUGGUCACUGUUCACGCAGCGCUACGUCACAUGUUGAUAACCAGUUAAUAAUGCCUCCUUGUGAAAUAAAAAAUUAGCUAAGAGAUUCCAGACUAAUUUGCAUAUGCAAUUUGGUUUCAAUAGAAUGAAAAGCCUCGGUGUCUGCAGAGUGCAAAUAUAAAGCAAUUAACACAAUAUGGAAAAUGUGAAGAUGUCACCUUGAUCUUUGAGCAAUUGGGAAUGAAAAAUUUCAAAUCUUUUGACA